ACCAUGGUGAUGACUGUACUACAGUAACUACAGCAACAAUUACUGUCAUAUAUAAUACUAUUCUUAGUAUAAUAACUAUAAUAUAUAAUACUAUAAUAUAUACUAUAAUUACUAAAAUAUAUCAUACUAUCAUAACUAUAAUAUAUUAUUAUAACUAAUAUCUACAAUAACUAUAACUAAAGUAAUAAAUGAAAACCACUAUGAUAACGAUUGUACUACUGUAACGAUACUAUCUACAACUAUAAUUACAAGAACUAUAACUAUACUACAGUAACUACAGCAACAACUACUAUAGUUACUACAAUAAAUAUAACUACAUUAACAAUAACUACUACAACAACAACUAUAAUUAGUACAAUAAAUAUAACUACAUUAACAAUAACUACAAUAACGACUGUACUACAAUAACUACAGCAACAACUAUAACAACUACAUUUACGAUAAUUAUAACCACAAUAACUAUAGCAACUACAAUAACAGUUAUAACAAGUACAAAACCACACUAACUAUAACAAUAACUACAUCUACGACAAGGACUGUAGUAACUUUAACUCUAACUACGAUAACUACACAACUACAAUCCCGGUGAGCUGCGAUGUGCAUUGUCACGGAUGCCCGGUACGUUCCAACAACACUCAUGAACACGAUAGGAGUAGCAAAGUGUAUGAAAGGUAAACAAAUAACUUAAAAUAUAUAUAUACAAAUACAACUACAUUAUUUUUUUAUCUUACCAGGUGAAAGCCCACUGAGGCAUUCACUUAUUUUUCUACAAGCGACCUGGUCACAAACGAUGGCUCAACAAAGUGGCGUAUCGUCACGUGGACAUUUAUAGCAGGAAAAUAAUCAAAAGUGUGCCCUCUAUAUCUAGCGGGAGUUGAGUGGCGCGUUUUGAGAGUCUGUGAAGGACGGACGGACGCUCCCGCAGCGUGCGGACUGAGAGCGAAUCAGCGAGACAUCCUCGUGUGCACAGGCCUCCGCGUGGGGCCAUGUGGGGCUCCAUGCUCGUCUGGUUCCUCGAUGCCGCCCUCCACUGGACGCAGGUGACCGAUGUCUCGUGGCUUUUCUGCUGCCAGCAGCAGCAGCGCAGGGACGCGGCUGGCACAGGGGAGGGCGCAGAGCAAGAGAUGGGCAUGGAGCAAGAGAUGGGCAUGGAGCAAGAGAUGGGAAUGGAGCAAGAGAUGGGCAUGGAGCAGCAAGGAGGUGAAGCCGGUGGAGGAGAGGUCGGAGCUGCAGCUGGCGAGGGCCUUGGCCGUGGUGGCAGUGGCGGUGACUGUGUGCUGGAGCAGCUGCUAACGUCGAGGGCGCUGACUCUGCUGCUGCUGCUGCUGCCACUGCUGCUGCUGGUGACCGCUGUGAUCCGCGUCAUGGUGACGAGCAUGAGGUCCGUGAACAGGAGGAGCGCCGCACAGAUGGAUUUGCCGGCGAGUUGCAGUGGAGGAGGAGUCGCGCUAACGGUGCUGGCGCUCGCUCUCAAUGGCCCAGAUGAGCGUGAGGAGGGAGCCACCGGAGCCAUGGUCUUGCUAUGCCCUCACACCCAGCCGGGGAGCCGUGGCACGGCGCUGCAGCAGAGCGCCAUGCAGAGCAGCGGCAGCAGCAGCAGCAGGGGCUACAGCAGGGGCUACAGUAGGGACUGCAACAGGGGCUGCCCACAGCAGCGCCCGCCCAGCUGCGGGGACCAGUCGGGCGAGCAGCAGCCAGAGCAGCCGGAGCAGCGACUCGUUAGUGACACCAGCGUUAGGGUGCAGCAGCAGCAGCGCCUCACUCACAAUGAUAGGAGGGUGCGGCAGAGUCUCAUUGACAAUAGCGCACGGGGGCAGCAGUACCGGCAUUCAGCUGACACUGACGCACGGGGACAGCAGUGCCGGUACUCAGUUGACACUGAUGCACGGGGACAGCAGUGCCGGUACUCAGCUGACACUGAUGCACGGGGGCAGCAGUGCCGGUACUCAGUUGACACUGACCCACGGGGGCAGCAGUGCCAGUACUCAGCUGACACUGACGCACGGGAGCAGCAGUACCGGCACUCAGCUGACACUGACGCACGGGAGCAGCAGUACCAGUACUCAGUUGACACUGACGCACGGGGGCAGCAGUGCCGGUACUCAGUUGACACUGAUGCACGGGGGCAGCAGUGCCAGUAUUCAGCGGACACUGACGCACGGGAGCAGCAGUACCGGCACUCAGCUGACACUGACGCACGGGGGCAGCAGUGCCGGUACUCAGUUGACACUGACGCACGGGGGCAGCAGUGCCAGUAUUCAGCGGACACUGACGCACGGGAGCAGCAGUACCGGCAGUCAGCUGACACUGACGCACGGGGGCAGCAGUACCAGUACUCAGCUGACACUGACGCACGGGGGCAGCAGUACCAGUACUCAGUUGACACUGACGCACGGGGGCAGCAGUGCCGGUACUCAGUUGACACUGACGCACGGGGGCAGCAGUACCGGCACUCAGCUGACACUGACGCACGGGGGCAGCAGUACCAGUACUCAGCUCACACUGACGCACGGGGGCAGCAGUGCCGGUACUCAGUUGACACUGACGCACGGGAGCAGCAGUACCGGUACUCAGUUGACACUGACGCAGAGGAGCAGCAGUACCGGUACUCAGUUGACACUGACGCAGAGGAGCAGCAGUACCGGUACUCAGUUGACACUGACGCAGAGGAGCAGCAGUACCAGUACUCAGUUGACACUGACGCAGAGGAGCAGCAGUGCCAGUACUCAGCUGACACUGACGCAGAGGAGCAGCACGGCUAUUCAAAUGAGAACACAGAGGCUGGGCAGUAUGUCUCUGACGCUGAUACACAGGAGCAGCACGAGCACUCAAUCGAAAACAAAGAGGAACGGCAGUAUUUCUUUGACCCCAACGCACAGAAUCAGUGGUACUCAAUGGACAGUGGCGCACAGGAGCAGCAGUACUCAAUUGGGAACACUGAGGCUCGCCAGUAUGCCUCUGACACUGACGCGCAGCAGCAGCAGCGGUACUCGAUCGUGAACACAGAGGCUGGGCCAUAUUACCUGGACAGUGGAGCGCAGGAACAAGCUCAGCAGUAUUUGUUUGACGCUGAUACACAGCAGCAGGGGUAUUCCAUCGACACUCUGGCCCGGGUGCUGUUUCCGGCUGGUGGCGGGCAGCAGUGGCAGCAGCGGCGUGAGGGGCGAGCGUGGCGCUGCGUGCAUGAGGUGUACGUGCAUCAGGACGGCGCCAGGACCGGAGCCACGCAAACCAUGCUGGCGCGGGUGGAGCGGUCCACAUGUAGGCAUGACCGUGGCGACGGUGGUGGUCGUGAUGGUGGUGGUCGUGGCUGUGGUGGUUGUGGUGGUGGUGGUGGCCAUGGUGGUGGUCGUGGCGUUCGUGGCGGUGCUGCCUGUGGUGGUGGUGGUGCUGGUCAUGGCAGUGGUGGUCGUGGUCGAGGUGGUGGCAGUGAAGUUGUUUACCUUGUGGCCAAAGUCACCGUACUGGGCCAGACUCCCGUGCACCGCUCCCUCAGUUCGCCCUGCCUGUGAGUCGUCCUCCACCUCCUCCUUGGUGUUUUUUUAAGGUCGAGUCUACCUAGGGGAGGAGCAGGGCUCCGGUUUGGGUAGAUCACUUGCCCCCACUGUGACACGAGCCCAGGCCAGGAAUCGAACCGGAUUUAUUUCCACGUUCGUAGUAGUCCCAACUCAGAAGAAUAAUUAUUUUGCUUGCCAUACGCCGCAUGCUAAACUGCGAUUGUUCGAUGGUUAAGAUUAUUAUUACAUCCGUAUUGGUUUUGAGCAGGACACUUUUUUUUUCCAAGGCAGGGGGUGUGUAUGUUGUGAAUAUUUUAAUUGUUGUUAAUCUGGUGUAUUCAUCAGCCUUUUUUUUACUUACUCAAAAGCAGCAGGAGCAGCGACAAUUAAACAAGCGAAUUGGAAUUCACGUUGACGGCUGCGUGUUUAUGUGGUGGGCAGCUCUGCUGUUCGUUGCUGAUGAGAAUAUUAACAAAGCGACUCUAACCGCCGUAAUGUGGAAUCUGUUCACCGGGUAGGGGUUGUUCCCUUACCCGCAAUGACCACAGUCUGUAGAGAGAGCGAGAGAGUGGCUGUGCAGUACGUGUAGCAAAUGUAUUUUUCUUACACCAUCGAUGACAUCUUACACUGGACGAUGGCGGGUUAUUAUCAACACAGGUAUUAUCAACAACACAGGUAUUAUUAUCAACAACACAGGUAUUAUUAUCAACAACACAUAUAUCCCGCGGUUUUUAUGAAAGGUGAUGCGUUUUUUCAACAACAACAUAAAAACAUGCGUGGGUAAAAACGAAAUUGCGUCAAUGUCAAUGUCUAUUUCCCAUUACUUUAAUAUUUAUUAUCAUAAAAAAUAGGGAUGUGUGUUGUUUUGGACAGUCAUCCAAAUCUUCUGCCUAACCCGAAAAAAAUAAUACACCUAAUGUGACUUUUUUUGCCAUACAAAAAUAACAUUAAAACGGAUGAAUGAUAAGUUUAAAACAAACAUUAUUAACCUGUUCAGGGAACUCGCCACGUUGGAAUCACCGGAGAAGCAUGUCGUUCCUGCUGUUGGCACUGCAGGGGGGAUAACUGUUACCCUGUCUGCCGAUUGAUGGGGUUGCCUUCCCUGUUGGCUUUGACAAUCUCACACCAGAGGUGAAGUUUCGGAAAGAAUAAACACGUGGAUAUUUCAAUUCCGUGAAUCGAAAAUUGCGUCAUAAAAACCCGAACAUUCGUUAAUAACUAAAAAUUUAUUGAUGGAUACCUUUCAUAUUGAGCACAUGUUUUACGACCACGGCUCGUUGAGAAUGCUAAGAGAAGUUGGCCUUCGGGGGGUCUGGUUCGCUGUGCCACAGCUGAUGAAUAACUUGGCACCACCACUGCCUUGCCCUUCCCAGGCCGUCUCCACUGUAUAGUCGCGUAACUUAACAGUUUGAAAAGUGUUAUUAAAAUUAGCCCAAAGUUUCUUCGAAUGCAGUUCUGGAGUCUUGCAGAAGAAUUCCUUUUGUUGUAUUUUCACCUUUUCGUUAUUUUAUUCAUAAAUUAUGUUUGUGCGAGUGUGUUUGUUUCAACAAUGCUGCCUUGCUUGUAACCUCACGAAAUAAUCAUUCAUUCGGCAUCAAAAAUACGAUAAAUGUAUGUAUGAUCAGUUCAGUUUAUUUAUUAGGUAUAGCCCUGUGAGCCAUUCGGCUCUUGAAUCGGGUGCAACCGCAACAAACAAAAGCAUGAACAAGAAACAUCUUAAAUUGACUACGCGCAACAGAAAAAUCUAGGAAAAAACAGCAAAGUCUUCCAGAAAAAGUACCGUAUAUCAAUGCUGUGUGCAAAAAUCCCAGUGGGAUGCAAGUCAAACAACAACCAUAAGACAAUGUAGAUUAAAGUUGUCAGUCUAACUCUGUAUUACAACA